CCAAUUCAGGAGAUGUGGGUUUGAUCCCUGGGUCAGGAAGAUCUGCUGGAGAAGGAAAUGGCAACCCAAUCCAGUAUUCUUGCCUGGGAAAUCCCAUGGACAGAGAAGCCUGGCAGGCUACAGUUCAUGGGGUCGCAAAGACAGACACUACUGAGCACACGUGUUCUUUUCCUACUCCUUUGCAUACUAUACUUCUGGAAUUCUCAAAAUAGAUUUAAAUUGAGAGAAUACCUUUAUCUUAUAGAUGAAAUAUAAGGAAAAAGAAUGCAGACAAGCAUGGAAAGUGAGGACACAAAGAAAACACAAGAAGUAAAGACUGACCUGAACUUAUUAUUGGAGUGUCUGAAGUAUCAAAUGGACAAUGCUUUUUCACAAAAGGAAGCUUUGGUCACUAUUCAUUCAAUUUGCCAACAAAACAGUAAUGCAGGUCUUUAUUUUCGGGAAAUCGGUGGUUUGAUGUUUGUAAAAAAUCUUGCAAAGUCAAGUGAACAUAGUAUGGUAAAAGAAGCAGCCUUAUAUACAUUAGGAGCUGUUGCAGAACAAAAUGUUUACUGUCAGCAGACUUUGUGUACUUCAGAAUUGUUUGAAGACUUAACUUGGUUCUUAUCUAACAGUGAUUCAAACACAAAUCUGAAAAGAAUGUCUGUCUAUGUUAUUUUGGUUCUGGUUUCAAAUAACAGGACUGGACAGACACUUGUGAGAGAAACAGGUUGUAUUUCAGUUCUAUCACAGUUGUUCAAGACUGUUCUUUCAAAAUAUGAGUUGAAUUUGUCAGAUGAAAGUGCUUUGCAGAGUUAUCAGUUGUGGUCUUCAGUGUGUAGUACUCUGUGUGUCUGUGUCAACAAUCCUCAAAAUGAUGAAAAUCAAAUGCUUUGCUGCUCACUUUUUACGCAUGCUAAUGACUGGCUGAUAAAUUGCAUGAAAGCUGAGAUAAUUCGCCCUAUUUGCUCAUUUAUUGGACUCACUCUUGCAAAUAACACUUAUGUUCAGAAAUACUUUAUAUCUGUGGGUGGACUGGAUAUAUUGUCUCAAGUUCUUGUGCAACUGGAAUCUGAUUCACACAAGACUCCUUUCAGUGCUAAGCUUGCAGUGGUGGUGACAAAGACAGUGGAUGCAUGCAUUGCUGAUAAUCCUACUUUUGGUGUUGUAUUAUCCAAGUACCACAUUGUUUCAAAACUUCUGGCAUUGCUGCUUCUUGACAGUCUGGAUUCAGGAGAAAAAUUUAGUGUCAUCCUUACUCUUGGUCAUUGUACAGAGGAUUGUGAGGAAAAUCAGUAUGAUUUUUUUAAAAACAAUGGCCUUCCACUCAUGAUACAAGCCUUAACUGAAUCUCAGAGUGAGGAACUAAACAAAGCUGCCACUUUCGUGCUUCACAACUGCAAAAAAAUUACUGAGAAGUUAUCUCUAAGUCUAGGAGAAUAUUCUUUUGAUAAAAAUGAAGAGCGUUUAAAGGACAUAAAUAUGAAAGAGAAGAAUCUUGAAGAUUACUGGAAGAAAGCAAAGGAAAUUUUACACAGAAUAGAAGAACUUGAAACAGAAGGAAAUGAGGAAAAUGUACAAGGAGAGAAUUAUGAGAAUAAUGUUUCAUCUAUGAACAUAAAUAUUCAAGAUACACUGAAACACCUCCAUGCGGAUAGCAGCGGUGGUGUUCCCAAAGCAGAAGAUAAAAAUAAAAGCCAGGCUAGAAAGCUACAUGGUUCUAAGUCCCAUAAAGUCAUGUCUAAAGCAUGUACAAAUGAUGAUCAAGUGAAGAUGGUGUUAAGGAAUGCAAAUCCAGUUAAUGCUUGUUAUAGGGAGAGUGGGCAAAAUAAGACUUUAUAUACAGCCAAUUCAAGCUGCAAACAAAACCUGUGUGAAGAAACAACUUCUGAAAAAAAGAACUUUGUUUCUCACUCAAGAGACCAAAUUUUUAAACAUCCAACUCCUAUUGCCAAAAAUACAAAGCAGCAAUUACCAGUAACAGAUCCAUUUACAUUAUGUUCAGAUAUAAUAAAUAAAGAAGUCAUCAGUUUUCUAGAAACAGACAAUUGUUCCAAAAUGUUGAGGUAUAGAUGCUCAGGUUGCAUAGCAGUAGGAAAAUCCCUGAAUAGUCGAAAUUUUAGCAAGCUCUUGCACUGUUGCCCAUACCAAUGUGAUCGUCACAAAGUCAUUGUGGAAGCUGAAGACAGAUAUAAAAGUGAACUAAGGAAAUCACUUAUCUGUAACAAAAAAAUUCUGCUGACCCCGCGUAGAAGACAUCAACUCAGUAGUGAAUCUACUACCCCUGGAAGAAUAAAGAAAAGAAGAGUUCGUAAAAACUUUACCAAAGAAGAAAUAAAUUACCUUUUCAAUGGAGUUAAGAAAAUGGGAAAUCACUGGAAUUUAAUUUUGUGGUCUUUCCCCUUUCAGCAAGGACGGAAGGCUGUGGACCUUGCUCACAAAUACCACAAGCUGACCAAAUGCCCCAAGUGUGUGGCUCCUUGAUUGGAAGAAGACUUGUCAAUUGUUAGUUUGACACCUUGAAAAACAGUGUGUUAAAAAUACAAAAUUUUAAAUAUUCUUAGACACUCUCAUGAGACAGGAAAUGCAGCAAUGGGGAUACUGUUUUAAUUAUUUUUUGUGAUGCUGUAGCUCAUCAGACUAUUAAAAAUAACUUAUAAGGACUUCCCUGGUGGUCCAGUGUCUAAGACUCUGUGGUCCCAAUGCAGGGAUCCUGGAUUCAGUUCUUGGUCAGGGAAUUAGAUCCCAUAAGUUGCAACUAAAAAAUCCCCUGCAACUAAGACCCAGUGCAGCCAAAUAAAAUUAUUAUUUUUUAAUUAUAAAACAAGUACAUUUUCUUCUAAAAAUUUUAUUUUAUCAUAUCUUUGGCUGCACUAGUUGUGAUGUGUGGGCUUCUCUCUAGUUCUGGUACGAGAGCUCUCUAGUUGUAUCAUGCAGCCUUAGUUGCCCCAUAGCAUGUGGGAUCUUAGUUCCCUGACCAGAGAUCGAACCCAUGUUCCAUGCAUUGGAAGGCAGAUUCUUAACCACUGGACCAUCAGAGAAGUCCCUAAAACAAAUACAUUUUCAAUGUGUAGAUUGGUAGGACAAAAUUCCAUAUGAGGUGAAACAUAUGUAUAGGAUUACGCUUUUUUUCCCUUAAGCUCAACCCAGGUCAGAGAAAAAAAAUUAUUGGCCUUUAAACAUUAUUUGAUAUUAUAUACUAUAUGAGACACUGGAUUUAGUAUUUUUACCCAGUGAAAGUCCCUCCCUGGAACUUAGUUUCCCAGGUUGUUCAAAUUAUGUUCCCACACACUAAUGUUUCUCGUUCUAAAGGCAAUUGUGCAAUUGCUCCAAAUACUCCAGAUUCUAUUGUCAGGUUCACUUCUUUUUGGUGCAUAUUUAUUUGCUUCUGCAUUUUCAAAGUUUGAAACAAUUUUUGAUUGUUUGCUUUUAAGUUUUCUUCCAGUUGGAAACCAAACUAUUAAAUCUCAAACUUCUAUUUUUCUUACUCUUUUUA